AUGUUGCUCGCCUCUCGGCGAACGCCUCGCUUAGUCGCAAGAUCAGGCGUCGCACGGGUAACAUGGCCGUCGAUUAUCGUCGCACUGCUCGCACAGGUUGCAUCUGGAGAAGGCGCUGCUGAGGCUGGGGGAAACAUCGGAGGAAUGGCGGCGAGCGGGAUUGAGACGGGAAGCAGCAACGUCUGGGUGGUGCUGGUGGGAUCUUCACGAAACUGGCUCAACUAUCGAGACAAUGCCAACACCCUCGCACUGUACAGGAGUGUGCGGGACCUGGGCGUCUCAGAUGAGCGAAUCAUCCUGAUGCUGGCAGACAACAUGCCCUGCAACCCCCGCAACCCCCACCCUGGGCGCGUCUUCCACAGCCCCGACCACCGCCUGAACCUCUACGGGGAGCACGUGGAGGUGGACUACCGCGGGGCGGAGGUGACGGUGGAUGCGUUCCUGCGCCUGCUCACCGGGCGGCACGAUUCGUCUGUUCCGCGCAGCAAGCGGCUUCUGUCGGACGGCAGCAGCCGCAUCCUCAUCUACCUCACGGGCCACGGGGGAGACAAGUUCCUCAAAUUCCGUGAUAAGGAGGAGCUGCAGGCUCAAGAUUUGGCCGACGCCUUUCACCACAUGCACCAACAGCACAGGUACCAUUCAAUCCUUCUCAUGAUCGACACAUGCCAGGCGCAAACUCUCUACUCCGAGAUCUACUCCCCCGGCAUUGUCUCUGUCGCCAGCAGUGCCAAGGGCGAGAUGUCCUACUCCUACCUGCCUGACCUCGAUCUGGGAGUCACAGUGGUGGAUCUCUUCACAUACCACACGUUGCAGUUUCUGCAUCAAAUCAACGCUCGCUCCAACGUCUCUCUCGCCAGUCUCUUUGAGUCAUACGAUCCACGGUUCCUCAUGUCCACUCCGGGCUACCGCAGCGUCAACUUCCCCUCGCCUCUCCACCAGGUGCCAGUCACUGACUACGUCGCCUCAGUCAUGCCUGUCCAGAUAACACCUGCCCCGUACCCUCUCUCUUCCACCGACAUACCCCCGCCCGAAGCGAUCAAGGCAGAGAGUGUAGGAGGAGGAGAGAGCUGUGCAGCAGAGGGAGGAGGUGAUGGAAGGGGUGGUGUGAGGGAGGGGAACGGUGGGGCAGAGGAAGCAAGGCGUGGGAAGGGCUUGGAGAGGGGAAAGGACUGGACGCUGGACAGUGAGUCUUUUUCUGAGUCGACUAAAAAAAAGGACUGGACGCUGGACAAUGCUGUGAUGUGGUUUGGGGACCGUAAGCAUGAAGAGGUGUUUGCGAGUCAUUCCCAAGUGGGCGGGUGGGCACUGAUGGGAUUAUCAGUUCUGACCCUUGUUGGAGCUGCGUGGGGCCCAUGGCGUAAUAUGGGCAUGGCAUGA